GGGGUCCGCGGAUCCCACCCGGCGUGACCCCGCGGACGUCUCGUUCCGCACCUACCCGGCGCGCACCGGCCCCCUCUCCCGGAGCCCUACGGCCGGAACUCUCGGCACCCGGGGAACUGAGAGUUGAGUUGGGCCUGCGACCGAUGGGCGUUGGGACCUCGGACUCGUGGGCCAACCCCUCUGCCUCGGUUAUUUUCCUGGACCAUUAGCUGCUCUUUGGGGUCUGAAGCCUGCCAUUUGCCUUCAACAUUCAGCUUUCUCCCUGUGGCAGCUGGGGCUCUAAUUUGAGCUGUGAGCUCCCUUCCUUUCUUGCCACUCCCCUGUCGUCAGCUUUUGGUUCACACCUUGCAGGCAUCCACUGUAGUCUAGCUGGCAGCAAUGACAUCCAGGCAGGGUCAGCUGUAUGGUCUGGCUGCUCAGGGCCUCUGGCUCCUGGGCUUCAUCCUUCUGAUGGAUGUGUCUGCCAGACCUGCCAAUCACUCGUCCACUCGGGAGAGAGCAGCCAACAAGGAGGAGAAUGAAAUCCUGCCCCCAGACCACCUGAAUGGGGUGAAGCUAGAGAUGGAUGGGCACCUCAACAAGGACUUCCACCAGGAGGUCUUCUUGGGGAAGGACGUGGAUGGGUUUGAUGAGGAUGCAGAGCCACGGAGGAGCCGGAGGAAGCUAAUGGUCAUCUUCUCCAAAGUGGAUGCAAACACUGACCGGAGGAUUAGUGCUGAGGAGAUGCAGCGCUGGAUCAUGGAGAAGACAGCAGAACACUUCCAGGAGGCUGUCAGGGAGAACAAGUUGCACUUCCGAGCUGUUGACCCUGAUGGUGAUGGCCAUGUGUCCUGGGAUGAAUACAAAGUGAAGUUUUUGGCAAGCAAAGGCCACAAUGAGAGGGAAGUUGCUGAUGCCAUCAAGAAUCAUGAGGAGCUUAAAGUGGACGAGGAGACACAGGAAGUCCUUGAGAACCUCAAAGACCGCUGGUAUCAGGCAGACAAUCCUCCAGCUGACCUGCUGCUGACUGAGGAGGAGUUUUUGUCAUUCCUUCACCCCGAGCACAGCCGGGGCAUGCUCAAGUUCAUGGUCAAGGAGAUCGUCCGGGACCUGGACCAGGAUGGUGAUAAGCAGCUCUCCCUGCCUGAGUUCAUCUCCUUGCCUGUGGGCACUGUUGAGAACCAACAGGGCCAGGACAUUGAUGACAACUGGGUGAAAGACAGGAAAAAAGAAUUUGAAGACCUGAUUGAUUCCAACCACGAUGGCAUUGUGACCAUGGAGGAGCUGGAGAGCUACAUGGACCCCCUGAAUGAGUACAAUGCCCUCAAUGAGGCGAAGCAGAUGAUUGCCAUUGCUGAUGAGAACCAGAACCACCACCUGGAGCCUGAGGAGAUCCUUAAGUACAGCGAGUUCUUCACAGGCAGCAAGCUGAUGGACUAUGCCCGCAAUGUGCACGAGGAAUUCUGAGUGCCCUUAGGCCCAGCUCCUGGCUGGGCCAAGCCCCCUUCCUCUCUGACCUCUACACAUUCUGAGUGGCUGUGGCCCAGUGAAGUCUGGUGGUUGGCUGGGGCCCUGGGUGGCUCUGGAGCAGUGGCCUGUUUCGCAUGUGGGCGUUGCCAUGUUCCCCAACUUGAUGCCCUGGAGCCUCCUCCCUCCUGCUGCCCUGUGGACACAUGCUCUGGUCUGGCUCAUCUCGAGGCCAGGACAUGGCCCAGGUUUAUUAAAGAUGUGCUUAUUAGCA